AUGUCGGAUGACAACCUGCUUUCUCCCGAGGGCCAGUCAAGCUCAAAUGGCGGCCCGUAUGCCUUGUUCUGCCAAUAUUGUAACUGGUCUUCUACCGACGUUGGAAUCAAAUUCGACCGGCCCAGCGGUAUCCACUCGCAACUUGGCAAGUUGAAUAAUGGCGGUACGCCAAAGAUCACCAUUAGGGAUGUAAAGGAGAGGCGAAAGGAGAAUCCAGAUGAACCACCGCUGCCGGACGAUGAGGUCGACCGCGAUUUGCAGUUCGCAAGCUUGAGGACUUUUUAUCAGGAGCAGUUGGCAAAUUCAAACCCGAAUCUUGGCGGUAUGACAUUGCAAGACAGUAUAGGAUUUUCCUCACCAGCCGCCUUGUCGAGGAUAAUGUCACUUUACACCGGCCGUGGUCAUCCAGGACGUAUGCAGCAGGGUCCAGCAGAUAUUAUGCGCGAGGCACUAAACUCAGAGGAAGGCCUCAAAUCGGCUCAAUUGGAUGAAUCAAGCAUGAUCAAGAAGUUGACCAACGACGGAUGGCAAGCCACUACCUCCUCGGAGCAGCGUGCCCACCAGGUCUCGGCGGGACGCUUUCAAGAUGAGCUACGACCCAUACCGUAUCUGCUGCGUACUAAGCGCUCUAAGCGCUGCCCUGCUUGUCGUCACAUCAUCUCCAAACCUGAGAGCAAAGUCGCGUCUACAAGGUUUAAAAUUCGGCUGGUGGCAAAGUCCUACAUCCCUACCAUCACUCUUCGCCCUAUGCAUCCCACUGCAGCGCCUGUACCAGUCACAUCUCGGCCAGCCGUCAACGACGAGGAACCAUUGACACCACUCAAACCGUAUCAGUAUAUUCUGACCUUCAAAAAUCCACUCUUUGAAAGCAUCAAGGUGACACUAGCAACGUCAAACACCACACCUGGGAGAUUUGCUAGCAAAGUCACCGUUUUGUGUCCCGAAUUUGAAGUUGACGCUAACACCGACAUGUGGGACGACGCUUUGAAAGACGACGGGAGAGACAAGGGUCGCAAAAGAGAUGAAGGUGCUGGCCAAGGAGAAACAGCAAAAAUAUGGGAAAGGGGACGUAAUUGGGUGAGCAUCAUACUCGAAGUCGUCCCAGCAUCCCUACGGCCAGAGCAUCAAACUCUACUCGGAAAGGAUAAGGACGACGUGGACGAUAGUCCCCUGAAAGAAGACGAGGACAUUCUGGAGAUACCAAUGUUUAUACGGAUGGAGUGGGAGGCGGAUGCCCAGCAUGACAUGGUCUCGGCGCAUGGAAAGGAUAAAGAGGCCAAGGAGAAGAGGGAACUGGCAUAUUGGUGUGUUCUUGGCGUGGGACGCAUCAGUCACGAGUGA